CAAAAAGCGGGGGGCGAACAAAAGAAAACGAAAGCGAAUCGCGACGAGUGGAUUUGGAAGAGAACAAGGGAAAGACAGAGAGAUAACAACAAGCAGCGGCAGCGCAAACGUCCCCAACCUCGGGCCGGACGGGCGUUGGGACUAGACCAGCCCAGCAAUGGCGAACAGUAAUUCGCUCUCCCACCACCUCCUCCUCCCCCUCGCCGGCGACUUCUCGGACGACGUCUUCGAACCCUCCUCCUCCUCCUCGUCCGCCAUCUCGUUCCCCUCCUUCUGGCCGCCCUUCCCCUCCCUCCUCUCCGACUCCGACUCCUCCGACGCCCCCUUCCCUCCAGACCGCUGCGCCCCUGCCCGGCGUGGAACCGCUGCCUCGUUCCUCGGCCUCGAUUUCCACGACGACGUGUGGGCACCGCCGCCGGACGAGGGCGGGGAGGUGGGCGGCCUGCCGCUCUGCUGGGACUGCCUGCAGCUGGAGGAGCACGACCAGCGGUGGGACCUCGGGCUGAGCGAUGCUGACGAGUGGGAGCAGGUCGCCGGCAGGGGGGAAGAGGACGAGGCGGCGGAGGGCGCCGCCGCGGUGCGGAGCCUCGAUUGGGAGGUGCUCCUGGCCGCCAACAGCCUGGGCAGCCUCGUAAUCGACGACGAUGGCGGCGGCGGGGACAUCGAUACGUUCCUCUUCCACGACGACGACGUGCUCUUCGGGCAGCUGGCGACGGAGGCGGAGCACGAGGAGCCUCCGGCCAAGGGCGGGCGCGCGGCGGCGAAGGCCGCCGUGGAGGGCCUCCCGACGGUGGUGGUCGACGCGGCCGAGGCCGGCGGGGCGCAGUGUGCGGUGUGCAAGGACGGCAUCGAGGCCGGGGACGGCGCCAGGAGGCUGCCGUGCGCGCACCUCUACCACGGCGGCUGCAUCCUGCCGUGGCUCGCCAUCCGCAACACGUGCCCGCUGUGCCGCCACGAGCUGCCCACCGAUGACCCGGAGUACGAGAAGUGGAAGGCGAGGCGGGCUGCCGGCGGUGCCAACGCCGACGCCAGUGGCGACGGCGACAGGUAUGGCAUCGUGACUCGUCAGGCUGAGGCUACCUCGAUGAAUGAGUAGAUACGUCAGCAAUGGUUCAGUGUGUUGCAGCAGUCCUUUUUUGGUCGGGAUGGAGGGAGAAGGGAUCAAAUCAAUGUGAAUUGGCGAGUUUUUGUACAAAAAUUAUAUCAAUAAGGGCAUUUCAAUUUGAAUAAUGCUGUAUCUAGAUAAGGGGUGUUGAGAUUGUUUUUCCUCCAAUCAAAAAAGAGAAGGGAAACAUUUCACUGACGAGACCACUCUGUUGAGGAAGGAUUUUAAGCAUGCAUCCAAAAUUCAGUAUAC